AGAGCACAUAUUUGUUCUUGGAAUGAAGAAUUUAUAUACUACUUUUUUAUAUUAGAUUUCGAGAAGUCGAAACUGCAAACUCCAUGUUUCGACGAAAACGGCCUUGUGAAUACGAGGAAGAUAUCGUAUUAAUAUUUACUGUGCUACGCCGAUAACUCCUUAAUAAAAAAAAAAUUCCACCUCGAACGCUAGAUUUUCUAUUUCAAAAUAUUUCAUUGAAUGAAGAACAAUUACCCCGACCCAAAUAGUGAUUUUUUUAGUGAGUUAUAUCCGUCAGUUUUGCAUAAGUCGUGAAUGAUGUCAUCCUUAACGAAAUUUCUGAUAAUAUUCGCUGUUUUCGCUGAUUCUAAAGAAUUAGACACUGACGAAAACCUACCGGAAGAUGUCUCAAUACCAUUUUUCAAUUUUACUCAGAGUCCAGAAAACAAAAUAGAAAAAUGUGUAAUGAAUGAUUGCGUGAAUACAGCGAAAAAGUAUUCGGAAUUAGUGGAUGAGGCAUUUGAGCCAUGCGAAAAUUUCUAUGAGUUUUCUUGUGGUCGUGGAAUAUUCACUCGUUUUUCACAAUCCGAAAAUGCCGGUGAUGGAUGUGAUGUUGUCAGAGACAUGCUGGAGAGCCCAGUAGAAGAUACUGACAUUUAUCCAAUUCAGAAAGCCAAGAAGUUGUAUCAAUCAUGCGUGAGCUCUGACCUCUCACCAAUGGCGUUCAUGAUGGAAUCACUUAUUGAGGAAAAUGGCGGCUGGCCGAUGCUCCUGGACUUUGAAGCUUGGAAAGAAGAUGAACAUUCGUGGCAAGAAAUUGAUCUAAAUGUUGCACGUUCAACUGGAGAAUACGCAUUUUUCGGUAUAGAUUUCAUUCCAAUACCAGGCGGAGAUCCUGAAGACCAGAAUAUUUACCUCAACACGCCUGAAGAAGAAACCCUGCCAUUAGAAGAGAAUGAGGAAGAAUAUUACUCCGGCGUUAAACGUUUGCUGACAUCAUUUUUUGGCGAAAGAAAAAUUAAUGUUUCUGUAGAACAACUGAGGAAAGAUAUUCAUAAUCUGUACAUAUUUGAAAAGGCACUGCAAGAGGUACUGAAAAUCGAACAGUAUUUGUAA